AUGGAAGAGUUUGGAGAUUUCACAGAAGUUACUCAGUUUACAAAUGUUCAAUAUCUGGGAUGUUCCCAACUAGUCAACAACGACAAUGACAAUGAAAUGAAAGCGUUGAUGAAGGUGCUCGACGAGCAGAAAGGAGCACAAACAGUCAACGUCACCCUGGUAGUCCCGCAUAAUAUUUCAGGCACCGUGAAGUUGAUAGACUCACAAGGGAAGGUGCUUUCAUCAUUCUCACUGGUCAACAUAAGAUUUUGCAUUCGUGGAGAAAGUACGACAUCUCAAAACAAUUGCUUUGGUAUUUCGUUUACACAUAAGAUCAAUGUAGGAGACAACAACUCAUCGGACAUCCUACACCAGUGCCACGUUUUCCGAACAAGUAAAGCAGAAACAGCGGCCAAAGCACUCUACUGUUUCUCCUACGCCUUCUCCAACAAAAACGUGUCAGCAGUUUCUAACCGGAUGGAAUUCCUGUUCGAGAGCAUAUUGGAGAUCCGAGAAAACGAUGGGACAGCGGAUAAACCUAUAUGGAAACUGUGCCCCCAACACAAUGGAGUGUUCAAAGUAAGAAGGGAUCGAGAAAAGAAAAUCGUGGUGCAGUUGAAGCAGAUCGAAGGGUUCCUUCUCAAUAUCAAAAAGUGUUUUGGCAUGUUACUGGCAGCCGGAAGGAACUUGAGGCAUUCGGAUUUGCAAUUAUUGGAGAUGCAGAGAAACGAGACAGGCACCGACUCGGCAGUAUUCUUGAUCGAAGCUAAUUGGGAUCCGCGUGUGCAUAUGUUUGAAGUGUUAAACACCGAGACACCACGAGACACACGAGUGUUCAUGACAGUGGCUAUUGAUGUGAUCGUAACCGAAAUCAGUGAACCAAUUCGAUUCUCAAUGGAGGCAAUGUCACGUGUGUUCCAUGAACAUGAACGGUUCUACAAGACACCGCAAACAGUAGUCUCCGAGGAAUUCACAUUGGUUCUGGAGAAAAACUUUGAUCAAGCGGAUCCAAACGAUCGAAAGUUGACAUUCAUCUCAUUGGAGUCGGAUAGUGAUCGAAAACGUUCAAAGCAGAACCUGGGAAAGAGUCCGUCGAGAAUGCCAACACAACUGUUACAUCCAACUGGAGAUGAUGAGUCAGAUUGCGAUGAGCCACUGCUAUCAGGAUCUGGAAAAGUCUCCCAAGAAUGCAAGGAGGAACAUUUAGAAAUGUGGAACAGUCUUAUCGAGAAUUGGGAUCAACAAAGUGAUCGACCGGAGAAAAUCUCAGAACUGGUGCUGGAUGGUAUCCCUGAUAAAUUACGUGGACAUGUGUGGCAGUUGUUGGCUAACGCAAUCGACCAACCGGACCUUGUUGAAAAGUACCAUAACUUCCUGAACCAGCCGUGUCCAUCGGAGCAAGUCAUCAUGAGAGAUAUCCAUCGCACAUUCCCAGCUCAUGACUAUUUUAAAGAAUCUGGAGGAAAAGGUCAAGAAUCAUUGUACAAAAUCAGCAAAGUUUAUUCACUCUACGACGAAGAAGUAUCGUAUUGUCAAGGUCUUUCAUUUCUGGCGGCCAGUCUGCUGCUGCAUAUGCCGGAGGAGCAAGCAUUCUGUACACUUGUGAAAAUAAUGUUCAAUUAUGGGUUACGCGAUCUGUUCAAAUUGGGAUUUGAUAAUUUGCACCUGCGAUUCUUUCAGCUUACCGCUUUAUUAAAGGACUAUAUACCCGAGCUUUCACAUCAUCUCGAUCAUAUCGGCAUUGAAACACAUAUGUAUGCAUCUCAAUGGUUUUUGACGCUAUUUACCGCAAAGUUCCCGCUUCAAAUGGUGUUUUUUAUUCUAGACUUGUUCCUGAGUCAGGGAAUGAAUACAAUCUUCCACAUCUCCCUCGCACUGCUUCAUGAUGCAAAGACCGACUUGUUGCAAUUAGAUUUUGAAGGAACGCUGAAGUACUUCCGUGUAUCCCUUCCAAGAAAAUACCGUACUGAAGCAGCCACUAAGCAACUAAUUCAUAAAGCUGUAAAGUACCGUCUGAAUCAUAGUAAGCUGGAGAUUUAUGAAAAAGAGUACAAACGUAUCAAGGAGCAAGAACGUGAGAAUGAGGACCCCGUGUUGAGAAUGGAGAAAGAAAUUGGUCGUCAUCUUGCCAACACUCUGCGAUUGGAGCGUGAAAACGACGACUUGGCCCAUGAACUUGUCACCAGCAAAAUCGAGCUUCGUCGGAAGUUGGAUGUGGCAGAAGAUCAAAUUGAGACUUCUGCAAAUGCCAUUGAGCGACUGACACGACAGAAUCAAGACAUUCUGGAAGAGAAUAAGAAUCUGAUGAGAGAAUAUGAGCAGAUUAAGGAGAUGUACAGACGAGAUGUGCUGAGGUUAGAAGAAAAUGGGUCAAGGGCGGAGAAGUUGCUAGCGGAAUACAAGAAAUUGUUCUCGGAAAGAAGUAAACGGGCGGAGUGUGAAAAAGAGAACUUUGAAGUACAGAAGAAAGCGAUUGUGGCUAGAAUAUCUGAAUGUGACAAGUGUUGGCCGUCGGUUUGCGAAUGGGAGAAGAAUAGAAGUCCAGUCCACACAGCAUCUACACCCACUGGACUUGACUUGCUGACAAAACUAGAAGAACGAGAGGAUCACAUCAAAUCGCUCGAGAUUGACCUAGCACAAACGAAACUGUCACUGGUAGAAGCUGAAUGCCGGAAUCAAGAUUUGACGCAUCAGUUGAUGGCUCAAAGUGAGAGUGAUGGCAAGAAGUGGUUCAAGAAGACGAUAACACAGCUGAAAGAAGUCGGUAGCUCUCUGAAGCAUCAUGAACGAUCGAAUAGCUCUGUCACCCCAUGA